AUGCCGACAUCUGAUAUCAACUCGGGACAGAGCCCUACUCCGGACGUCUCACUGUGUGUUCAAACUUCUCCGCAUGCUAGGGCGAAGCGAAAGAUUGCUGCUCUGACGGAUGAAAUUGAAAUCUUGAAGCAGGACAAGGCAAUAAAGCAAAGGAAGACAACCUAUUACGUUUCACAGGGACGGGCCAUCCGUCGUAUUGUUGCCCUUUACACCCCUAUAGAGGAUUUGAUCACCGAAAACGACAGGCGGUGUGAAGACUGCGAGCCUAGCAGCAGCCCCACUACGGAGCAAGACCGUCUCCAACGCGGUUACAUCGAGCUUGCCAAGGCACUACCGUGGCUUCACGAUAAGCUAGCAUGCCUUGAUCACGAGGAGUCAGAGGACAUGCUCAGAAAGCUCAAGCGAGGUGCAGACUCUGCUCGUGGCGACGACACGGGAACCCUUAAGGAGCUUGUUGCUUCAUGGGUGAAUAUCGAGUGCCAUCCGACCACACUCAUCAGGACCAACAACAAGCAUCAUCGGGGUUUUGUGAGCGAUCCGUGUGGCAGACUGCUCUGCCCAGCCGAAUGGUGUUGGGAGGACCCGGCCGUCAGGACCGGCAUUCGUGACCGCACAAUCGCCUUCAUUGUCUCUGAAAAUUCUUGGCCGUCAUUCAUGUACGAAAACUACAAAGCUGAUGCUAAUAAUCUAGAGUGCGGUCUUAUGAAGUCGCGGUUGUUGGUCAUGGGAUUCAAGGCCAUCUUUACUUCGCCCUCUUCCGCUAAUGAAGUGGACGCUAAAGUCAAGACAUGUGUGGCCUCCAUUAUAGGCAUGAGGAAAGUAACACCUCGCGCGAUCGCAUAUGCAGCUUGCCAGAUUCGAUUCGCACUUUCCAGUAUCAACUCCUGGCGCACCGUAGACGGUGACUUUGACUAUCAAAUCUUCUGGAACAACAUCGUUGAUUUUUUUGAGGACGCCCCGGGUCCCGCUGCACGAACUAGGGUGAAUGAGCUACUCGAGUGGUGGACAAGUGGUCACGCCCCACAAGUAUGUGUUUGGCAUGUUCUCAUUACUGACUCUUACUAUGACGCGAUUCUAGAACUUGUAAAGGUGCAGCAGGAUCUAACAGGUAAGUCUCCUACGUCGCAUCAAACUGAGACGCUCGGGUGGCUGGAUGCUGCCUUUUAUACGAUUUUGGCCCCAACGUCACAUCUCUCGUCCCUGCGCCUCUUUUCCCUUGCGCUCGGACGAUCUAUUCACCAUGUCGUUCCUCGCCUUCGGUCUCAUCGGCAACGUUCGACUCGGAGGGUUUGGACGUCGACAGCGAUUCCUCUCAACUUCAACUACAUACGCACGUCUGAUCUCCUUUCGUCCUGGGAUGAGCGACGCUCGACGGAGACUUCAAUGGGCGUCAUCUCGCGUCACCACAUUGCAAGAAGUCGUCGCAUAUUCAUUAUUUGGUAUCUUCAGUGUCCAUGUCCACCUACAGACAUCACCAUCCUCGACUGGGUCGGACAACCUUCCGAGUUCAACAGCUGUCUUCCGGCCUAUAUCACUUCUUACGCCACUCCUCCACACACCCUUCCAUCCCUGUCCGAACGUUCUCCUCCUUGUCUUCUUCCCUUCACCUGCUCUCGUCCAUCGUCCGUAUUCGUCUGAGCCACGUCAGCAGUUGCUGACGUGUGCUGGGCGUUUGCGCAUGGUGUUCGUGGUGUUGGGAACAGCAUGGUGGAGCUCGGACAUCGGUUUGGGCCGCGGCUUGCAUGGGCCUAAGCCCCGGCUUUGGGCCGGCUUGGGCUCACGGCUCAGGCUUGAAAUCUGGUGAGCCUAAGCCCCCCCCAGGCCGAGCCUAAGCCGGGGCUUUGAGCCCAAGCCGGGCCGGAACAUCACUAAC